AUGUCUUUCAAGAAACGCGCAGUGGUUUCUAAUUCUGUUCCCAGGGCUUCCUCAUCUACAUUAUCUGGAAGCACCUUUGCCUUUAAAGCUAAAAAAAAUAUUCCUAUUGGAACACGUUUAUCCCCGUACAAUGGACAAUUACUGAUUUCAACAGGAGUACCGUCUUUAGAUGAUAUCCUUUGCGGUGGAAUACCACUCGGCUCGCUAUUUCUGAUCUUUGAGGAUAGAAAUACAGAUUAUGCCAAAUUAUUAUUAAAGUAUUUCAUAACGGAGGGUUUGGCUCAUGAGAAUAGAGUUUUAGUGGCGAGCGCUGAUGAAGAACCGCAGACUCUUGUGAAAGGGUGUAUGUGGUUAAGUUGUGAUGAUGAUGACAUGGACAAUGUUCGGAAAGAAGGUAGCGAUAAUUAUGGGAUGAAGAAAGAAGAAAGGAAUCAUGAUAAAAAUGAUGAAAAUGACGGAAGAGAAGAGGAAGGGGAAGGCGAUAAAAUGAAAAUUGCGUGGAGAUAUAAAGGAUUGAAAAAACUUGGCGCUCAAGUUCCUGUUCCUCCUUCAAUACAAAAUAAAAAAAUUAGCCUUGAUAAAUUACCAUCUUCACAAGAAGAUCAAUCAACACAACCAUUUUGCCACACAUUUGAUUUGACUAAAAGAAUACCUGAAAAGAUUAUAAAUGCUGCAUCAUUAUCGUUCAUUGAUGUCAUUGAAGUAUUGAAUGCUGAUGAAUCUAAUUUAUAUGAAAAAUUAUUUAAUGAAAUUAAAAAGAUUUUGAAGGAGGAUAAUAAGCAAGCGAGCUUGUCGGACGAACAAGCCACGUCACAGAAUGUUUUACGAAUUGCUAUACAAUCGGUUGCAUCCCCAAUGUGGCCAAUUGCUGCUUCUUCGCAGGAAGUAUACAGAUUUUUUCACGCUUUACGCGGUUUAUUGCGAUCAACAAAUAACGUCGCUGUGAUGACAAUACCUGCACAUUUAUAUAUACAUUCAGCAGGAGGAGUGUCGCCUUCUAUAUCAUCUAUUCCGUUUAUGAAAAGAAUUGCUCAUGUCUGUGAUGCGGUAGUCGGAAUAGAAUCGUUUGCCGGCUCACCACAAACAUCAAAUUCCAUCUACACCUCUCAAUAUAAUGGUUUAUUUCACGUACACAAACUUCCUACAAUAAAUUCAUUGCUCGCGCCAGCUACUAAACUAUCAAUACUCUCCGGGGGUGGCGGAGAUCAAUUAGGAUUCAAAUUACGUCGAAAAAGAUUUAGCAUUGAGAAAUUUCAUUUACCUCCUGAAGGUGGCGUCGGUGAACGUAGAACUAUGGCUAGUGGCGGUGAUGACGGUGAAGUUGAGAAUGCACAUAAAA